AUGGAAGAAACAAAUCAGUCAGUGGUGACUGAGUUUAUUUUUCAGGGACUUUGCACCUCAAGGGAAUUGCAGAUUUUGCUCCUGUUGCCAUUUUCUAUCCUCUACCUGAUGAUUAUGGUAGGCAACCUCUUUGUGGUGAUUUUAAUCAUCAUUGAUCAUCAUCUCCAUUCUCCUAUGUAUUAUUUGUUGGCCAAUCUUUCAUUAAUUGACUUCUGCCUUUCAUCAGUUACUACCCCCAAACUGAUCACAGACCUCACAAAAGAAAAUAAAACCAUUUCUUUCGGGGGUUGCAUGAGCCAGAUCCUCUUUGCACAUUGCUUUGCAGGGGGUGAGAUGGUGCUUCUUGUAACAAUGGCCUAUGACCGCUAUGUGGCCAUCUGCAGGCCACUCCACUACACCAGCAUCAUGGACAGACAGAAGUGUGUCUGGCUUGUUUUAAUAUCAUGGAUCAUUGGAUUUGUGCAUGGCAUUAGUCAACUGAUUCUGAUUUUGGAGCUUCCUUUUUGUGGACCUAGCGUGAUAGACAGCUUUUUCUGUGAUAUUCCUUUGGUGAUGAAAUUAGCCUGCAUGAAUACUGAUACUCUGAGAAUCAUAAUAAAUAUUGACAGUGGUGUUUUAGCAAUGAUUUGUUUCAUUUUCUUGCUGAUAUCUUACACUUAUAUUCUACUAACUGUUCAGAUUCAUUCUAAAGAUGGUUCAUCAAAGGCACUCUCUACUUGCACUUCCCAUAUCAUAGUGGUUGUGCUAUUCUUUGGUCCUAUCAUUUUUAUCUAUCUGUGGCCUGUCAGCAUCACUUGGGUGGAUAAGUUUCUUGCUGUAUUUUACUCAGUCAUCACACCUCUCCUGAAUCCAGCCAUAUAUACACUGAGAAAUAGAGACAUUAAGAAUGCCUUAAAGAAGUCGUUAAAUCACAGGUGA